AUGCAGCACUGCGUUUUUCUAUCGAUUUCCGUCGGCGCUCCGCGCGACCACUACGCCAUCUUUGUCGAAACCGAGCAAGACGGCGCCGGCACCGUGCUCCAAGCGACCGGCAACAUUCAAAACGGAAUGGUCUUUGAAGUGAAAACCAACCACCGACCAGAGGCAUCGCUUGAGUUUUUCAGAAAAGAGCUUCUGGGCUGGGUCGCGCCCGAGGACCUGCACCGCGUCGAGCAGGUCUGCGCAGGCCUGCCGCCGCCCAAGAAGCAGUUUGAGGGCGCGAGACGUCUAUACUCGCGGGAGCCUCUGCGGCGCUGCCAGGAGUGGACGCGCGAGGCUAUUGAUGCUUUGGUCGCAGCAGGAAUUUUGCAUACUACGGAGGAGGGGUAG